AUGAGCUCCAGCAAUUCAUCCAAUGUCGUCGGCGUCCACUAUCGCGUUGGCAGGAAGGUCGGCGAAGGAUCGUUUGGCGUCAUCUUUGAGGGUACCAAUCUCCUCAACAAUCAGCAAGUUGCCAUCAAGUUCGAGCCGCGCAAGAGCGAUGCUCCGCAGCUGAGGGAUGAGUACCGCACGUACAAGACCCUCGUUGGAUGCACCGGUAUCCCGAAUGUGUACUACUUUGGACAAGAGGGACUACACAAUAUCCUCGUCAUUGAUCUGUUAGGUCCGUCGCUCGAAGACUUGUUUGACAUGUGCGGCCGUCGCUUCAGCACCAAGACGGUCGUGAUGGUCGCCAAGCAGAUGCUCUCUCGCGUCCAGACCAUCCAUGAGAAACACCUCAUCUACCGCGACAUCAAGCCAGACAAUUUCUUGAUUGGCAGACCCGGUACAAAGAAUGCAAAUCUCGUGUGUGUGGUGGAUUUCGGUAUGGCAAAGCAAUAUCGCGAUGCAAAGACGAAGCAGCACAUUCCCUACCGUGAGCGCAAGUCGCUCUCUGGAACAGCACGAUACAUGUCCAUCAACACGCAUCUCGGACGUGAACAAUCGAGGCGCGACGAUCUUGAAGCACUGGGUCAUGUGUUUAUGUAUUUCCUUCGUGGUGGUCUUCCCUGGCAAGGCCUCAAAGCGGCCACCAAUAAGCAAAAGUAUGAAAAGAUUGGUGAAAAGAAGCAAACCACAGCCAUCAAGGACUUGUGUGAGAACUUCCCCGAGGAGUUUGCACAGUACUUGUCGUAUGUGCGCAACCUGGGCUUUGAAGAUACACCGGACUACGACUAUCUGCGAGAUUUAUUCACGCGUGCAUUGCAACGGUUGGGUGAGCCUGAAGAUGGCGUGUAUGAUUGGAUGUUGCUCAACAAUGGUAAAGGCUGGGAGGCUAGUCAAAAGCACAGUUCCGCCAAUAACUACGUUCCUGCUUCUGCUGCUGAACUCAGGCAAAAUGUGCAAGGCGGACGGACCCAAGCACAUGCGGGUGGAUCACGCGGUGGUGGUGCCGUUGCCGUGGGUGGCAUUCAAACACCUGCAAUGGCACGAACGGGAAGCCGUCAAGGUCGUCGACAGGACCGGACAAGUGCGUCUGCGGCAGCUGCUGCACAGCAACAACAACACUUGCAACAACAGCAAAAGAGGCAGUCACUGGGAGAAGGUGCAUACGGCUCGACAUCUCAGGGUGGUUUGGCGACACCGCAACGUGUUGGACGGACAUCGGGCGCUGGACAGCAAUUGCAACAGCCGUACGAUGCGUCACACGGUGCACCACAAGGUCAAUCUGGUGCUGCUAUGCAACAAGGCGGGUCUCCUCAACGGCGGACUGGCUUUUGGGCCAAAUUGGCUUCUUGCUGCGGUUAG